GCCUGCGCCCUCGCCGCGGGCGCCGCCUGCGCCGCGUGGGCCGCUCCCGCCGGCGGCGGGCGCGGCGCGCGGCCGCCACUCCUCGGCGCCGGGGGCGCCGCCGUGGCAGGACUCUCAGCGGUCAAGCGCUUGCACAAGCCGACCAGGCACAUGCAUGACAGCCGGCAGUGCCACACCGCAGUGUACCCGGAGGAGUGCUUCGGAAGUGUGGAGUGGGCCAUGACCGCUGGCAUGGCAGCCCACCCGGAGUGGUACGAGGGACUGAACAGAUCUUCUGCGUUCGAGGAGUUCCAGCAGAGGGUGUUCUGGUCCAACGGCUCGCUGUGCCCAGAGCCGUGCGCGCCGGCUCCCCGCAGCGGCGGCGAGCUGUUCUGCUUCGCCGUGGCCAGGAUGGACGAUUCCGACGGCGCGGACUCGAGUUCUGCGGACAGCGAGGAGGGACUCUUGAGGGCGCAGCUUGGGCGAGGCGCGGGCAUCUUCGCCUGCGAUGACCACGCCGUUCUCAGCGACGUCGACAAGGUGCUGGGCGACCUGGCUGCUGGACCUGUUAGAACGGUCCGAAUCCCUUCCACGAAGCCGGAUGGCAUCACCAAGGACGGGACCGCGCAGAACACCCAGAUUUUCUUGCAGGCGUGGGAGACAAUCCGGAAGGACUCCAGGUACUUGAGCUUCGAUUGGACAGUGAAGGUGCGGGGGCCUGCAGGGCCAGAUCUGAUUUCCGAGGGGGGUUGCUUGAUCGACGCCGCGAGUGCAUUGGAGCAGGGAAUGUUCGGCAUCCGCUCGCACGCAUUCUUCACUUUGGUACAGUGCUUGACGACGGCGGUGUGCGAGAUCGGCCAUGCCUACGCGCUGGACGUUCGGACUCUUCGGUUAGAGAAGGACGCCCAGGAUCCGCAAGGAUGGUCUGAGAUUCAAGGUGGUCAGACAUGCCCAUCACCUCGGAUUGCCCCAACGGCAGCGGAGUGCGAGGCCAUGGUGAAGCUGACGCUUGCACAAGGUUUGUUUGACGCGCCGACGCUCAGGAACCCCUUCGAGGUGAACGAUGCCACGAUUCCUCCAGGUUGCUCCUCCACGUUCUCGUUCACCUCCUUCACCCGUGAGUUCGUGUUCAACACACAUCCGACUGGAUCCGCGAGCCCACAAUAUGGGGUCGUUUGUAAGUCCGACGACUGGCAGAUCUACAAGAGUUCAUGUCCAGCUGGGCUUGGUCCGACCACUCCGGAAGACUGUGAGGAUUUCGUUGGGGCGUACAGCCAGAAUUAUCAGUACGACGACACCGCAUUCUCCGACGCGAAUUUCCCCCCCGGCUGCGUUGGCUACGGAGGCUCGAUACUGAGUCGACGCGGAACGUUCCAGUACAACGUGCCUCCGGGAGGUACCGGGAACGAGGCGAAUCCCGAUGCUUUUGUUAUCUGCGCUGCCCCGACACCCGCGCCCACGGCAGCGACGCCUGCGCCCACGGCAGCAGUGCCGACGACGCAGAUCUCCGCCACCGGAGAUCCGCACAUGACCACCAUCUCUGGCGCCAGGUUCGACAUCAUGCGGGCGGGGACGCACGCGCUCCUCCACAUCCCGCAGGGGGCCGCUCUGGCGGACGCCCUGCUGCGCGUGCAGGUCGCUGUGGCACGCCAGGGCUCGAAAUGCGAGGACAUGUACAUCAAGGUCCUGAACGUGACCGGCAGCUGGGCGGAGGAGAAGCACGUCGGCGGCUUCAGCUUCGUCGCAGAGUCUCCCGCGGGCGGCCAGGUCAUCGCGGCCCCAGCCGGAUCAGCGGACUGGUCUCGCUUGGGGAUGGUGGACCUCAAGGUUGUUCGCGGAGCCACCAGGUCGGGCGUCUUGUAUCUGAACAUGUUCGCCAGGCACCUCCGCGACGCCAGCCGCGCGUAUCCGAUCGGCGGCAUCCUUGGCCUGGAUGACCACGGCGAGGCUGCGACGCCAGCAGCCGAGUGCGGCAAGAAGGUGCUGUCCUUGCUGGACUCUGCGCAAGGGCUCGGUGCGCUCGAUGGUCGCUCUGUCGCGGACGCGACCAUCAAGACCGACCCGGACGCGGUGCUGAUGCCCAACAGGGUGCGGCUGAAGACGAUGGACCGCGACAUCGACGGCACGCGGGAGCUGGUCUACUUCGCCAACUGCAACCGCUUCAAGGACAACCCCGACUUCCCCAUGAUGUACGGGGCCGUGGAGGUGCUCUCGCGAGAGGCGGCAACGCUGUACUUAGAGGAGGGCUACAAGUGCAUGUCGCUGCCCUACAGCGACUGGGGCGAGGACGUGUACCUGGCGACGUGCCUUCGGGAGGUCCUCGGAGUGAAAAGGGUGUUCGAGCCCACCAUCGUCGGGGACUCGCGCUGCGAGGGCGGGGCUUGCUGGGAUCACGCGUUCGCCGCGUACCACGAGUACAAGAGCGUCGACCUCUGGUUCGGCUGCUGGAACCAGACGCGGGGCUCCUUCUGAGCGCGCGGGUCUCCCAACGACGACCCGCCCGCCGCCCACGCCGCGCCGCAGCCGCGGCGCGAGGCCGCCCCGCGAGCGGCUGCCAUCCAUCCCGGGGGGGGGCUUUCGGCGGGGAGCCCGUGCCGUG